AACGAUUUAAAUAUAUACAUUCACAAGAAUAACAAAUAAAUAUUUUGAAAUAUUUCUGAUAUGCUUUGACAUCUUUAAAUUUAUUAUUGAAACAAUAUAAAUAACAAAAACAAACUAAUAUUAUUAUGUAAAUAAAUUUUGUUUUUUCUAAUAUUAUUUCUUCAUGCUUACAGGAACCAGGCAAGGCUUCAACGCAACCUAAUGUACUUAGCUGCUAUUGCAGAUUCUCAGCCUCAACCUCCAAGCGUGCUUAGCCAGUAUGGUUCUUCUACUGGUGGUGGGUUGAUUCAGGGAGAAGGAGGGUCACACUCACACUAUUUGCAGCAGCAACAGGCAACUUAGCAGCAGCAGAUGACUUAGCAGUCUCUAAUGGCGGCUCGAUCUUCAAUGAUGUAUGCUCAGCAGCACCAGCCUUAUGCAACGCUUCAGCAUCAGCAAUUUCACCAUAGCCAGCUGGGGAUGAGCUCAAGUAGUGGAGGAGGAAGCGGCGGUUUCCAUAUUCUUCAGGGAGAGGCUGGUGGUGGGUUUCAUGAAUUUGGCCGUGGGAAGCCGGAAAUGGGAAGUGAUGAAGGCAGAGGAGGAAGCUCAGGGGAUGGUGAAGAAACCCUUUACUUGAAAUCAUCAGAUGAUGGGAACUGAGAGUGUGGUACAAGGAAUUUAAAUGAUGAAGUAGUAGUAAUAGUAAGAGUUUGAAGUUAAUGUGUGUCCUU